CCUUACUGCGCGUCCGGGGCUGCAGCGGCGCGAGGAGUACAACCCGGAGCUGAGCACCCAGCACGAGAGCGGAGCGCGAGCCACCCACUGUCAGCAUGGCCGACCGGGAGCAGCUGCUGCAAAGGGCACGCUUGGCCGAGCAAGCGGAGAGAUACGAAGACAUGGCUUCAGCUAUGAAAGCGGUCACUGAGCUUAACGAGCCCUUAUCUAAUGAGGACCGGAACCUGUUGUCAGUAGCUUACAAAAACGUGGUGGGUGCAAGGCGUUCCUCCUGGCGUGUCAUCAGCAGCAUUGAACAGAAGACAUUGGCAGAUGGUAAUGAAAAGAAGCUGGAAAAAGUCAAGUCAUAUCGAGAGAAGAUAGAGGCUGAGUUGGAGUCAGUGUGCAAUGAAGUGCUGUCCUUACUUGACAAGUUUCUCAUUAAGAAUUGUAAUGACUUCCAGUACGAGAGUAAAGUCUUCUACUUGAAAAUGAAAGGUGAUUACUACCGCUACUUGUCUGAAGUGGGCUCUGGUGACAGAAAGAAGAGUGUGACAGAUGCAUCUGAGGCAUCGUACAAAGAGGCCUUUGAGAUUAGCAAAGAGCACAUGCAGCCCACCCACCCCAUCCGCCUGGGCCUAGCCCUCAACUUCUCAGUCUUCUAUUACGAGAUCCAGGGUGCUCCAGAGCAGGCUUGCCUUCUUGCCAAGCAGGCUUUUGAUGACGCCAUCGCUGAGUUGGACACAUUAAAUGAGGAUUCCUACAAGGACUCCACCCUCAUCAUGCAGCUGCUGCGUGACAACCUUACCCUGUGGACAAGUGACCAGCAGGAUGAAGAAACCGGUGAAGGCAACAAUUAAAGAGGGUCCUGCGUCUUGCUGCUGCCCGUUACCUACCCGCUCCCCAUCACCACAUGCCACCCCCACCUACUCCCCAUGACAUGUCCCAGUGCUUAUCAUAUCCAUACCAUUGGCACAACCGCACUUACCCGCUGCCUGACCGGGGAGACGCGUUCUUGUGGGCACUGCUGGAUUGCGUUGGCGCAUCAGCUAUUACUCGGGUUACCCCCCACAUUGUGCUAGGGGACAGGAAGUUACAGUUUGUGAGGAGCGCCUACACUUUUGUCAACAGGGCACAUACGGGCUGGAAUGAUGCAAAGUGAUCUCAUUUUAUUCCGUUCAGAGACUGGUUUUAGUUUCCAUUUGUGCAGCUGUGCAUGUAAGACUGCCCUUCCUUUACUGCCCCAUAAAGGAUGUGCCACCUGAGCUCAAACUGACUGGCGGCACUUCUUGGGAGGGAAGUCACACUUGUUUUAUUAGCUUACAAUAGACGUUUUUAAAUGUGAGCUUUGUGAAGUUUAUAUUUGCCCUUUUAACUUAUAUAGCUUGAUGAUAAUUUUGCAUUUCUAUUGGAGUUGAAUGCCCUGAAUUUUUUUUUUUCCUUCCUCCAUAUUUUGUUCUGUUACAUUUUUAAGAGUCCCAUUAUUUGGUUGUAAGCCAUGUACUGGUCAGUUCUUGCCAAGUUUGAGAGCACCAUCUCAGUAUGAGUCCGCCUGUUAUGAUUGAUGCGGAUAAGAUGCCAGACACCUGAUUUAAAUGUUUUGGAAUUAAAUGGAUAAAAUAAAUGCUGCUUUAAGGAUAUUCUAUCUG